GUACCUACAAAGGAUGGAAUGUUGUUUCGUCCUUUGCUAACUUAUUCAACUAUCAGUAUUAAACAUCAGCUCAAAUUAUUAUACAGCCAAAAUGGAUUUGAAGAAUCAUGUAGAAAAUGG